GCUUCUUCUAAAUUCCAUUUUGCAGCGUUUCCCUCUGAUGUCGAUUCCUACCGUCUUCCACAACAACAACUGCAGGACGCCAAUGCACCUCAAUGGUGGCGGCAUGUUGCAGUUUUGCAACACGUUUGACCCGAACAAGCGGCCAUCAGCCGACUACUGCGAGAUCUUCACACAGGAAGACUACAAUAUCUACCAGCUCGGGUGCAUCAACCACAAGUAUGGAUCGUUCAUAGACAACAACAAUAACACUGUUGAUAUGGAGCGCACAUUCAACAUGGGCGCGGCGUACGUUGACAAGGCAUUUGAGUUCCCAAUUGGUUCGCACAACAACUACGUGUUUGUGCCGCUCGAUUACAAUAAGCCAACCACAACCGAGAUGCCGACGCCAACGUCGACGGCGAUGACCCUGCAUACCAUGUGCCACGGGUUCUUUGACUCCACUAGCGGCACGUCUUGCUCGUUUGAGACGAUGUGGAUUCCGGUGACGCCGUCGUGGACGCCCUGGACGUAUGACCCGGAGACAUAUACAGGCUCAACGUAUGCCAGUUACUCAGGGGGUUGGGAGACAUCGUUAGUGCUGGAGGAGUCCCAGUCAGGCGAGACGUCGGAUGUCCAGUCUGAGCUAUCGUCGGCACCUGAGACAUAUCAGCCGGAGACAUACACGGGCUCACCGCAGUCCACCUACCCGGAGGAGUCGUGUACGCCGUCUGUGCUGGAGGAGCCGCAGUCAGGCGAGAUGUCUAAUGUUGACUCGGAAUUUUCUAUGGCACCUGAGAUGUUCAAGGGAAGUCAAGACGGCAAAUGCUACUUCUAAUAUACUGCUGAAAGAACUUCAAAUAUAUCAAGGUAAUAAAUGGAAAACUGUCUUCU